UAUAUUAUGAGCUUCAUAUAUAUUCAUAGAUUGAUAAAGCAGACAUCACAAAUAUACCCCUGUAAUGUCUUCCUCUAAGAAUUAUGGUUGAAGACACCAUUUGCUUCUUAAGGGACAAGUGAAUUUCUGUGUUUGACAUAUAAAUAAUUAAGAUCCCAUAUGGUAUUUUUUAUAAGCACCAAAGUUGGUUUCAGCUUUUCAAGAAGUAGUCUUGUGAGAAGUCUCAUUCCAUGACUCUGCUGGUUGUAAGCAAAAGCUAUGCUUUGAAUUAAUGUUGUUUGGAGGUAUCUUCCAUUUUGACAAUGUCACAUUGUCACUGUUAUGAUACUUUGUCAAUAUCUGGUCCCUUGUAUCUGCAGCAUUUAAUGUUGUUUUGGUGCAUUCAUUGAUUGGUUUUUAUGCCAAAUUCUGACACCAAAAACAUGCAUCACAACAUAAAGUGGCACCAUUCUGGUUUCAAGCAAUUCAGCUUCAUGAACACCACAACAACAACAACUGUUUCAGUUUCCACUCACAAGCGCUCCAUCAGUGAGCCAAUGAAAAAUAGAGCCAUGGAAGAAGAACAAGUAGAGAACAUCAUUCAACCUUCUUAUCACCCUAAAAUGGAACUGGGAGAACUCAAGCAAAGCAUUGAAUCCAAGAAGAGGCAAUACCAUAAUAUGGAUCUUCAAAGUUCUUUGACUCAAGAGAUUCUGCAGCUUCAAAAACGAUUGCAGCAACAAUUUGUGAUAAGGCGUGCAUUAGAGAAAGCAUGUUACCUACCUUAUUCACAGGAUGCUACAUUAGAAAAUUCAAUACCUAAGGCUGCCAAAGAACUGAUUAAGGAGAUUGGAAUAUUGGAAUUAGAAGUUGUGUAUUUGGAACAACACUUGCUAUCUUUGUAUAGGAGAAGAUUUGAUCAACAAAUUACAACUCUAUCAACCAAGGAAAGAAGAUUGGAAACAGCUUCUGACAUUGAAAGAGGAACUGUUGAAGGUGCUACCUCAGAAAAGGAAGCUACAGUUAUGCAAUAUAGUAACAUUUCACCCAGUAAUAAUAAUUCAACUAACUGUGAGGUCAAGGAAUAUUACAACCAGCUGGUACCUGAUACCGUUUUAGGCUCUAGCAUUCAUCGAUGUCACUCAGAACUAUCUCAGCGAUCGGUAUGCUUAGUUGAAGCUUCUCCUGAGCACAUUAAGAGCAAAACUCUAGACAAUUACCAUUCUCUGCCAUUAUCCAUGCUAGAACAAGCUCAGUGUGCUAAAUCCAGUUCAACCAGCCUGGGAGAGCAUCUGGGGAAUUUCUAUGUUGAUAAUGUUCCAGAGACGCCGAAUUGGCUUUCUGAAGAGAUGAUUAAGUGCAUAUCCGCCAUAUAUUGUGAACUUUCAGAGCCAUCUUCUCUUGGUCUUAAAAAUGUUUCAUCCUCUAUUUCAUUUUCAUCAUCUGGUUAUGAACUUUCUUCAGAGAGCCAGAGUAGUAAGUUGGGAUCGCAGUGGAAGAAGCGUUCCUCCUUCAAUUUGAACUCCACUAACCCUUUCCAUGUCAAAGGAUCAAAAGAAUUUAGUGAACCUUACUGUUCAAUGGUAAGGAUUCAGCAACUAUGUACAGAUGAUCAGAAACUAAAAGAGAUUGAAUACAUGCUACGGAGAUUCAGGUCACUUGUUUCUCGGCUGGACGAAGUUAAUCCUAGAAACCUGAGGCAUGAAGAGAAGCUAGCCUUUUGGAUUAAUGUGCACAAUGCAUUAGCAAUGCAUGCCUUAUUAGUAUAUGGAGUUUCAGCCAAUAAUGUUAAAAGAAUGUCUACAGUACUUAAGGCUGCAUAUAACAUUGGGGGUUAUACUAUAAGCUUAGACCAGAUACAAGACUUCAUUUUAGGGUGCAGAUUGCCUCGUCCAGGACAAUGGCUGCGGCUGUGGUUUCCAUCAAAGACAAAAUCCAAGGUUAGAGAUGCAAGAAAAGGAUUCGCCAUACGUCGUCCAGAACCUUUGUUAAUAUUUGCGCUUUGCUCGGGAAGCCAUUCUGAUCCUGCGCUACAUGUGUACACACCGAAGAGAGUCCUUGAGGAGCUAGAAUCUGCAAAAGAAGAAUACAUUCUGUCCACUACCAGCAUAACCAAGGAACAGAAAAUAGUAGUCCCGAAAAUAGUCGAGUCUUUUGCAAAGAGUUCAGGUCUGGGAGCAUUUGAUUUGAUGGAGAUGGUUAAGCCUUAUUUACCUGAUUCUCAGAGGAAAAGCAUUAGGGAGUUUCAGUCUAGAACAAGCUGGAAAGGCAUUGAAUUAGCCCCUCAUAACUUCACUUUCCAUUAUCUGUUGUCAAAGGAACUAGGUUAGUAAUCUCACAGGUGUAAUGUGCAAGAAGGAAAUGUGUCUGCCACUCUGCAUAAUUGGUGAAUAAUAAUUUGCCUUUGGGUCUAUGAGGAUAUUGAGUUAAAUGGCAACACUUCAAGGGAAGGGAUUGUAGCAGAGAAUGAUCUUACAUUGGAUAGCAAGCUACAAUCUGAAAACUAUGGAAGCCUGGACUAUUAUACUAUUGUUGAAUUGACCUUUUUUUUCUCCAAAUUUAUGGAUGUAUAUUCUUUACCUCAACAUCUGCUAUGGCUGCAGGAUCAAUCGCAAAUUCAGUUUUUUUCUUUUGAAUGUCUACUCAGUAGAAAUCUGUAUUGCCAUCCAGAAAUACUAAUGCAAAAUUUUGUA